AUGAAGGCCGUCUGCGCCGUGCUCGUGUCCGCCCUCGCGGGGUUGGCUCGCGGGCUGGCCUCGACGGACACCAUCACCUGGGGAGGCGACAACACCCGGGCUGGUUACCAGACGAACCACAAUAUGGACCCGGCCAUUGUAGGGAGCUCUCAGUUUGGCCAACUCUUCAAGACCAAGCUCCCUGGGGCGUACAAUGGCAACCCGGAGCAGAUCUUCUCCCAGCCUCUCGUUUACACCCCCAAGAGCGGCACCAAGCAGUACGUCUACUGGGCUACCACGCAGAACAACAUCUACAAGCUCGACGCCAAGACGGGCGAGAUUGUCGCUUCUCGCAACCUGCACAUUCCCUUCCUGACGGCUGAUCUCGACGGCUGCGUCGACAUCAACCCUACUGUCGGUAUCACCGCCACUGGUGUCAUCGAUCCAGACAGCGAGACGCUCUACCUCACGGCCAAGACGUAUCUCAACCAGAACGGCGGCAACGGCGCUCAGGGACGCCCCAAUGGCCGGUACUAUGUCCAUGCCAUUGACAUUAACGACCUUUCUGAGAAGCCUGGCUUCCCCGUCGACCUCGAGGGACUGAUCGCCCGCAACAACCCCACCCGAAUGUUUACCGGCGGCAUCCACCAUCAGCGCCCGGGCCUUUUGCUCACCGGCGGCUACAUUUACGCCGGCUUCGCGUCUCACUGCGUUCAGUACAACUUCACUGGCUGGAUCGUUGGCUGGGAUAAGCAGGGCAAGAUUGUCGAAAAGUGGGCAACCGAGGGCCAAGGUGUGCCCAACACCAUCAAGGGUGGUGGCAUCUGGAUGUCGGGCGGUGGUCUGGCUUCCGACGACGCCGGCUCCAUCUGGGCCGCCACCGGCAACGGUUACGCCUCUCAGCUGGCCAAUGUCCCCGUCAAGGGUUACAACCCGCCCACAUCCAUGGAGGAGGCCGCGAUCCACAUGACCCAAAACACGGACGGCAGCUUGAACCUGGUUGACUUCUUUAUGCCAUGGGAGAAGCAGGCUCUGGACGGUGCUGACAAGGAUCUCGGCACGAGCCCCUUGGAGAUUCUGCCGUCGGCUUUCUCCUGCGGCGAUGCCAAGCGGAUCGGUGUCGUCACGGGCAAGAGCGGCAAGACGUACUGGCUCAACCUCGACAACCUCGGCGGUUAUAGGAACGGCGCCGACGGCCUGGACGACGUCAUUCAGGUCUACCAGAACCCCAACUCGGUCUACGCUGGCGCUGGUGUCUACCCCCUUGAGGGCGGAUACAUCUACAUCAACGUUAUUCAGUACCCUACCGCCGUCUUCAAGUUUUCGUGCAACGGUGGCAAGGCCUCUUUCGCCAAGGUUGCCGAGUCGCCCGCCGCCAACGCCUACAUCCUCGGUGUCAGCCAUGGCACCGUCACCUCGCUCAACGGCCAGCCUGGUACCGGUCUGCUCUGGGUCACGGAUGUCCAAGGCCUCAACCUCAAGAUCUACAACGCCAUUCCUAAGGAUGACAAGCUGGUCAUGAUCAACUCGUUCAACAUUCCGGGCACGACCAAGUUCACCCGGCCCGUCUUUGGCGACGGCAUCGUCUACGUCGGCACGAACCAGGGUUACGUCUACGGUUUUGGCUCACCCGUCAACGUCCCAUUGAACUGCACCUCGCCCGUCGACUUCGGCAACGUCGACAUCGCCAACAGCAGCAGCUCCCAGCCCAUUAGCUGCACGGCCAACAUCGACGUUACCGUCACUGGUGUCGCGCUGGACGACACCACCAACUUCCAGGUCUCCGGCCUCCCUACGCUGCCGCUCCAGGUGCCCAAGGGCCAGUCGUUCACAUUCAACGGCCUUUUCAAGCCCACGAGCGUCGGCUUCAUCUCUGAUGAUAUCCUCGUCAAUACCACAAAUAGUGUUGCCGGCUACAGCACAAGCACCCACGCACGGCUCACUGGCACGGGCCAGAGUUCCGGGGCGCUCCUCGGCCUCAGCCCCAACACUAUCACUUUCAAGGGCGUCGUCACUGGAGAUGAUCCAAGUGGAGUCUCGGAGACGUUGGUUGUCUCCAACAGGGGUAAUGCUCCUCUGUCCAUCACGCAGGUUCUGUACUCGAGCACGAGCUCGACUGGCCCGUACACGCCGUGGAGCGGUCAAGGCGACCUUGUUGUCGGCAAGUUUACAUUGAAGCAGAUCCCCACGACCGUUGCGGCGAACCAGGGUGCCACCGUCAACGUUGUCUUCGAUUCUUCGACCAGUGGUACCUUUUCUGGCUUUGUCACGUUUGUGACCAACGGCGGCAACGCGACCGUCUCAAUUGCCGGAUCAUCUGGUCCGGCCGCGAGUGCCCUGCUCGAGUUCCAGACGCCCGACGGCAGUGGCUGGGUCAGGUUUGACAACAACACCGCCUUCACGUUCGGCAACGUCACCGAGAACACAUCGAGGUCCCUCAAGUUCCGCAUCACCAAUACCGCUCCCGCCGAUGGUGUCAAGCUCUCCCUGACCGUGUCCAAGCCCCCGUUCGGUGUCGCCGGCCUCAUCCGAGCCGCCAACCAAAUCGACCUCGCCGAAGGCACAUCGCUGGCUCCCGGCGAGAGCGGCAACGCAACUCUCACUUGCACCGUGCCCAAGUCACAGUGGAACGUCGACCCCUACAACGGGACCGCGACCUGGACACUGAACACCAAUGACCCCAAGCUGGGGAAGCAGUUCAUCCAGUUUUUCUGCAACGCUGUCGCCGAGCAGGCGGCUCCCCUGCUGCCCAACGGCCAGGGACAGUACCGCUACGUGGGUUGCUUCCAGGACAACACGCCGGGCCGCCAGUUGCCGAACCAGCUGUUUGGCGACGACGCUCUCACCAACGCCAAGUGCAUCACCGCUUGUAACGCCAAGGGCAAUGUCUUCUGCGCCACCCAAUACCACCGCGAAUGCUGGGCCGGCAACUCUAUUCCGCUCAAGAAGGUGGACGACGUCAACUGCAACUUCUACUGCUCUGGUGACCUCCAGCAGACCUGUGGUGGCAACGGCGAGAACGAACUGUCGGGCAACACCUUCAUGUCCUUGUUUGCUGACUCCCUUCAGUGGGAUGGAAACUACACCAAGCCCCCCGUCACCGGUCCCAUUGUCAACCCCGGCGUCUCUGGCUACAGCAGCAUUGGCUGCUAUACCGAGGCCACCAAUGGUCGCGCUCUUCCCAACGGCGCGGCCACCGACAAGAAGACGGUUGCAAACUGCGUCAAUGCCUGCAAGGGCAAAACGUACACGUAUGCGGGUGUGGAGUACGGUGGCGAGUGUUGGUGCGGCAAUGCCCUUGGUGCUGGUUCCGUCUCCGCGCCAGACAAGGACUGCAGCAUGACCUGCAAUGAUAACUCGACCGAGUAUUGCGGUGGUCCCUCGCGUCUGAACGUCUACAAACUGGGUGGCCAGGUCUCCUCCAGCUCGUCAUCAGCCCCCGCGACCUCCUCAACUACCGCGACGGAUUCCAGCACGGCGACAGACUCGACCACGACGACUUCCUCGGCGACGCCGACCCCCACGGGCCCUUCGAGGAGGCAGACCAUUGGGAAGUUCAGUCGCCAGGGAUGCUGGACCGAGACCGCCAACGGUCGGGCUCUUGCUGACAAGAAUUUCGCCGCCGACACAAUGACGUUGGAGUCGUGCGCCACAUUCUGCGACGCCUUUACUUACUUUGGCGUUGAGUAUGGUCGAGAAUGCUACUGCGGCAACGCCCUUCGCGCUGGCAGUGUCAAGGCAGACAACCAGGAAGACUGCUCUUUCCUUUGCCCCGGCGACAAGACCGAAUAUUGCGGCGCUGGCAACCGGCUCGAGCUGUACAUGCUCACUCCUUCUAACCAGACCUCGUCCACGUCAUCUAGUUCGCCAGUAGACACUGCCAUCUCGGCGACGCCCACCGGCAUUGACAGCACCACCACCACCACCACCACCAGCAGCAGCAGCUCGGCAGCUCCGACCCCGACCGGCCCGGCCAUCAGGUCCACCGUCGGCGCAUUUGCUUUCCAGGGUUGCUGGACCGAGGCGACGAAUGGCCGGGCGUUGAAGGACAAGACGUAUGCCAAUGACUCCAUGACCCUCGAGUCGUGCUCCGCGUUCUGCACUGGCUUCAUCUACUUUGGUGUUGAGUACGGACGCGAAUGCUACUGCGGUAACGCUCUGCAGGCUGGAAGCGUCAAGGCCUCUAACCAGGCUAUAUAUGCUUGCGCCUGCGUCGUCUACCACGAGUUCAGCAGCGGCUACCAACACGACCACUUCGUCAGCUGCACCGACGUCGACCUCUUCCAAUUCGACGACGUCUACGACUUCGAUCACUUCGGAUUCCUCUACUCCUGCGCCGACCACGACCACAAUCUCAAGCUCCACGAGCAGCACGAGCUCCAGCACGCCCACCACGCCGACCACGUCGACCACGUCGUCCGCUCAGACGCCGACCACAACCACGUCUUCAAGCUCCACGAGCAGCACAAGCUCCAGCACCACAAGCUCCAGCACCACGUCGCCUACCUCCACUACCACAACUUCCACCUCCACCACGAGCCGUCGUCGGGGAAGCUCAUGGACAAGCAAGUGUACAACAACGGCACCAGCAUGACCAUCGAAUUGUGUCUGCAGAAGUGCUACAUGUACAAGUGGGCAGGCGUCGAAUAUGGCCGCGAGUGUUGGUGCGGCAACAAGCUCAACCUGGCCGGCAACACGGGCGCCACGCCGGGCAAGAACGUUACCGACUCGCAGUGCAGCUUCCUCUGCCCUGGCGACAAGAAGGUGUAUUGUGGUGCGGGCAGCAGACUUCAGCUCUACUCGAACAACGCCACCACGAUAUGA